AUGAGUUGUGAUGACGAGAAAGUAGCAUUAAUGGAAAACGCUCUUCGAGCUGAUCCGCCUCUCAUUAAAUCGCUCCAAAAUAGCCUAAUCGAGUUAACGUUGCUGGUGGAGAAGGCGAAAUCUUCUGUCUUAAAGGACUACGUCGGAAUAGCCAUGGGAAUUCUAUUUAAAUACAGCGCUGCUUUAUUAGAUGUUCAGCAGGGCUCCGAUGACCAGGUUUCCUUUAUCCUGAAUUCAUUAGCAUAUCACCAUCUCUGCAUGGUCUCUUCAAAAGAUGUAACGAUUUCCGCUUGGAUUGCAAUGCAUUUGCUUGAAGUAGCGGCUGCAAUCACUUGCACUAACGUUACGGAAGAUCAGAUUUCUCAGCUAUGGCAUCGUGAGGAUCUAGCGGAGUAUUGUGUGGACACCCUCAUUCCUUCUGAAGGUUGUAUACAGCGGCUUCAUUCAGGAGUAUAUCGAAACGGUGUCACAGAGUGCCAUACGUGCUGGCCCACAAUCACUGUAAAACAGAUUUGCAACUUGUUUGAUAUGGCCAUAUUCGACAAUCUGCUCCAAAAAUCUUUCAGUAAUAGCAGUGACUUGAAUUCAGCUACUCUAACAAGCACUGAUGUCAAGGUUUUUCUUUUCACUUUGUCAUUAUGGAGCGACUCCGCGUCACAUCCUGCUGCACUUCCAGGGCGACUUCACAUUAAAGUAUAUGAAGCAUGGUUGGCAGAUGGCUAUCUUGAAGAACACGAAAGAGACCAGUUAUCAAAACGAGUAUGUGAAUUGAAGGUCAAUUGUGAGAAGCAUAUCUCGCCUGUGCCAGCUUUGCCAAGUCAAUCAGGAAUUGUUUCGCCACCAUCGAAAAAUGACAAAGUUCUCGUUGAUGUUUGCACGAAUACACCAUGUCGUGCUGACGUUUCAGCACUGUUAUCAACUGGUGAUGAGGAUGAAUCGUUCUUCUCAGUUAAAAGCGAUCGUGCAACUGUUUCCGAUCGAUCGUAUGCAAGCGCCAUAACUAGUCCUGUGGGACUGGAUCCUCGUCAAAGACUUUUAUGCAAAAAAAUUAGCGGUAUUUCCUCAGCACAGGAACUCAACGGUGACAAGAAAAUGUCUUCAGAACUGCAGCAAGGGAAACCCACGGCAACGGAUAAAUUAUCGAAAUCAGGCAACCUUUCGGUGACCCCUACAACACAGGUCGUGUUUUCAGGAAAGAUGGAAGAUCGUUCUCUGAGUGGUUUGACGAGCUGCCAGUCGUCUGAAUGUUCAACAUUUAGCCAAACUGGUACAUCAGGCGUUAUUCCUAACAAUACUUUAGUUGAUAGUAUGAAUACUGUUUCGAAAAACACUCUAUCUAAUGGACUUGCCUCAGUGACGAAGCCAUCAUUUGGAAAAGUUAUAGACAAAGAUGAGGCAACAUCAUUUUGGAAGGCUGAAUCAGUUGGCGUUUCAAUGUUUGGACGAUCUCAAGCGAACAUCGCUGCAUCUGACACAAAGAAUUUUGCAUUUAGUCAACAGGCUUUAAGAAACGUACUACCUGUCUCUUCAGUGCUGGGUAAACCCCCCAAUGUGCCAUGUGAGCAUUUUUCCAGCCCAAUUUCGCGAUUUGCAGGCCAACAAAAUAGCGACUUGGGAGAAUGUAGUCCUUUAGAUGCUUUGAUUCCUGUCAUUUCUCAAAAGCCACAACAUUUCGACAGUUUCUCAUUUACCGUUACUGCGGAGGACCACGAUGAAGAUGAAGACUUUUAUAACAAUCUUGUCAUGGAACUCUGUCAAAGGAAGAUCGGAGGAAGUCGUAAAGAGUUGGACCCUGGUAACACGGACAUCGAAACGUUACAAAAAAAGAUAACUCAAAUCGAAGAGCAAAUGCGAAAAACUAGAACAAAAUGCAUUGAUGUGUUUUGUGCAGAUCCAGUAAAUCUAUUUCGUGGUCUUAUGUCUUCAAGUAACAGUGGACAUUAUGCAAAUCUCGGUAAACCAACGACAGAAGCUAUGGAAAACACCAAAAUUGCACCCGCUGGAUUGAAGUCGUCAUCAGAAGUUAAAGUUCAAUCAAAUGUGGCACAUAAUCCCUUGCAAAGUAUGGAACGACGUAAGGACCAAUUCAAUUACUAUAGAUACUUUUUGGUUAACAAAGCAGUGGCUCGACAUCCAGGAAAUAGCGACCUGUGUCUCGGAUGCAUGGAUGACGACGCCCAAGAUCGUGCCCUUCGCAUUUUGGAACAACUAGCAAAUAAUUGGAACACCAUCUGUGACUCUGAUAGUGACUAG